CCCUUUUAAUCAAAUAACCAUUUUAUUAACUUUUUUGUUUUUUCAUUAUUGUUUCACUUGUUUUUGCAAGAGUUUGGAAAUUUGUGCAUACAAUCAUCAUCAAUUAUAAUUAUUUUAAGCUAACCUUUAAAAUCCCAUUUGGGACGCCAUUGAUAAGCUCCGCUCAGUUCAAAGGUUUCAUCGAGAGUACUGACAGAAGCGAAGCUUACGGGAAGAAAAACUAUUGGGAAAAUGCUUGAAAUGUAAGCUGGGAAUUUCUGGCUUCUUCUUCUUCUUCUUCUUCUUCACGGCCCUUGAAAGCUACGAAGCAUUCCAAGAAUAUGUCGGAGAAAUUGGCUCCAGAGAAGCGCCACAGCUUCUUCCACGGCAGCCAGAAGGUGUUUGAAUGGGACCAGACCCUAGAGGAGGUGAACGUCUACAUUACUCUCCCUCCCAAUGUCCCCACAAAGCUUUUCUACUGCAAAAUCCAAUCUAAACAUGUGGAAGUUGGCAUCAAAGGCAACCCUCCUUAUCUUAAUCAUGAUCUCAGUUGCCCUGUUAAAACUGAUUCUUCCUUCUGGACUUUAGAGGAUGAUACAUUGCACAUAACCCUGCAGAAGAGGGAAAAGGGUCAUACAUGGUCUUCACCUAUAGUGGGUGAGGGUCAGCUUGACCCAUAUUCAACUGAUCUCGAACAGAAGCGCCUUAUGCUUCAAAGGUUUCAAGAGGAGAACCCCGGAUUUGACUUCUCACAGGCUCAGUUUUCAGGGAACUGCCCAGACCCAAGGACAUUCAUGGGAGGGAUCAGAUCUGAUUGACAUACUACCUAUCCUCCAACUAGCUGAACUUAUUAUUCCGUUGUGUGUGUCUUUGUAAAAUAUUAGCACCAUGCAAUAUUAGUAGCAACAUGUUUAUUGUAAUUGACAAUGAUCCUUGCACUGGAUUCAGGUUUGAUCUAAUGCCAAUGAUGUUUAUGCUUUCUUUCUUUUA